CGCUCCGUGGAGGUGCUGCCGGCCCCUCGCCGCCUCGCCUGCCCGCGUCUCUGCUAGGCGGCCGCGAUGUCUGACAAGGAAUUCAUGUGGGCCCUCAAAAAUGGGGACUUGGAUGAGGUGAAGGACUAUGUGGCCAAGGGUGAAGAUGUCAACCGGACACUUGAAGGUGGGAGGAAGCCUCUUCACUAUGCAGCAGACUGUGGACAGCUUGAGAUUCUGGAAUUUCUGCUAUUGAAAGGAGCUGAUAUUAAUGCUCCAGACAAACAUAAUAUCACACCACUCCUAUCAGCAGUCUAUGAGGGCCAUGUUUCCUGUGUGAAAUUGCUUCUGUCAAAGGGUGCUGAUAAGACUGUGAAAGGCCCAGAUGGACUAACUGCCUUUGAAGCCACUGACAACCAGGCAAUCAAAACUCUUCUUCAGUGACGGAUGGACUGAUAUCUUAAAUGUCUCUCCUGUGGCCUCACACUGCUGCCUGUCUGUCACUCUUUGCAUCUUCCAGCUUCUUCAGCUAAAUACUUUGGGGGGAGGGAAAUUCUUAUGAAUCAGACUAGUUAGGGGCUUGUAUCAAAGAUAAUCUGUUUGGAGAGGGUUGAAAACUAUUAUGAACAGCGUCCCUCUAGGACUUCUUUUCAGUGCACAAUCUCUUCCCAUUUCUAGUGAAAAUGGAAGAAGGAAGACAGACCAUGAUCUUGAAUUUUUGGCUUGCAAACCUCCUAGGUUAGUACUAAGAUUUUUGUUGAAAGAUUCCUUUAGAUGGAAGUACUGUGCUAUGUACCUGAAACUAAUUGUGAAGGAGACAAUAGUCCCAUGCUAAUAGUGUCUGCCAUAAUCUGAAGUGUAGUAAAGUAGGUGGCUGGGUUGCUUUUCUCUUCUGUCUCAGUGGGUAGCUUUAUUCUUCUGCCUAAAGCUUACUUUGCAGUUUUGAGGACUUUUGAUACUAGUUAUUGGAGCUGUUCUUUAUAUUGACUAAUUGGAUGUCACACUAAUGUUUUUUUUGACUCUUGAGUAAACCAGAAAAGAUCAGCUUGAGGCAUGGUUGCGUUACACUCCAGAAUAUCUUCCAAGGUACUUUUGGAUGCUUGAAUUUGAGGUUUUUCUUUCCCAUGUUUGUUCUAGUCCAGGACAGACGUUUUGAGCAACUGGUUUUGAGAGAGUUCAAAAUGUCACUGUAGUUAUAUCCAAAAGGAUUGUAAGAUGAAAUUUCUUUACUCACCAUGUCAGCAUAAAAUUUAUAGACACGUGCAAAAGCUACAGGCUGUUUGGUAUGCAAGGAUAAUCAAGUCAAAUGUGAAAAAUGAACAGUAAUUAUUUAGACAUUCCUAUCAGGUGAAUAUUGUUGCUAAACUUUUCUGUAAACUUCUAGAAUACAUGUAAGCUUUCUAAGUUCAGGUGUUAGGAACAGGAAGACGUACAAGUAGAAGUCUUAACUUGCUCUUACUACUGGAGGAAAAAAACCUUUCAAUUGUGCAUAUCUCUGAAUCGGUGUUUCAUUGUUGGCUGAAUGAACCUCUUAAAUUUCAUUAAGAUGUGGGGCUUGUUCUGAAAGUUCCCAGUGCAACCAUACCACAUUAACCAUCGACUUUUAGAUAAGAUUUACUAUACCAGUAAGUAUGACAGUACUAUGACAGCCUUGAUGAUUCAUGGGAAGAUAUUUAAUGAUGUUGUAGGGAUUCCCGUCACGUCUUACGGGCCUCAGGAAUGUCUGAGCUUCUGGUUUCAUCUUGAAAAUUUUCAUUAGACUGCUGAUUCACCCAAAACCGAGUAACAGGUUUUAUAACAGAAAAGUGUGUACCGCAAACUAUACAUCUUCCUCUUUUUUGGAAUACAGAUUUCAAACUUUCUGAUAACAUACACAAUACAGAAGGCAAAUGUAUAUAAUGUCUCAUGCUGAAUUCUUAAACAAAAGUAGCUGAUAUUAUUUUGAUAUCACUGUUGAAAUUGAGAGGAUAUGUAGAAGUAGGCUGGUGACUACCACUCAUAUUUAAUGGAGACUUAGUUUUACUUGAAUCAUGUUGCAUAUUAUGAUUGAAUGUCUCAGCUAUAAAAAGCCUUGCAUUUAGACUGUAAAAGGAGAGCAGAAACUGAUUUACAUGUACACAUCCCAUAAGAAAAGCAAUGGAGCAAACAAUCAACUCUGGCUGUAAACUGUACAGUGCAAUUACUCUUUGCUUCUUGGAGAUGUGUGGCAAGGAAGAGCAGAAGGGUUGGAAAUUGGUGAUAAAUCAAUUGAUGAGCUGCUGAUGAAAGAACAAGCGUGUUUGGUGAACAGUGCUUUUAAUGACUAUUUAAAGAGAACUCUUUUAUCUCUGAUCAGUGCUGGAUUGUCAUGUCAUUGUAAUAGUGUGAACACAGACUAUAGGUUUAACUCUUUAUUCAGCUAUGAAAGUAACCAUCUUUGGCAUAAAUUUGCCUCCAUAUUAUGCUAUCAAAUACUUAGCUAUUAAAAUACUAGUCUAGAAAACUGCAAUCUGCUUUUAUGUGGAAAACUUGAUUAUUCAAGUUUUUUGUGUUGAUUAGUGUCAAGUUGUCUGGCCAUAGUGUUUUGGGUUUUUUUUUCUCUGUAUUCUUUCCUGCCCUUCCCUUCAACUCUCAUUUAAGUGAGCAUUAUCAUAGUAAAGAAACAUCAUCUUUGUACUAACUCUUCUGGUGAUUCACUGAGGCAAUUUUGCCUCCCUUUUUCUACAAUUAUGUGGACACCUUAUUUUUUCUUACUUCACUUGAGGAAAAAAAAUGCAAACAAACUGCAGUGAGACAAGUGUUAAUUUGGCUGUAAUAUAUACCCAAGCUGCCUUUCAAGAUAAUUAAAGGAUGAUGGCAUUUAAUGUUUGGCUAAUAAAGAAGAAAUACUUUUUUGCACUACAUAAGAGCUGAUUGAUCAUUUUGCCCAGGAUUUAAAAAAAAAAAGUAAUAAUAAAAGCUUAUGCUUUUGUAAUUGUCUAGAAACUGGGCUUGUUCAUUUGUUAGCUAUAUUGUGGAAAAAAUAAUGGGUGGCUGCCUGUAUCUUUGAGUAGGUCCUAACUAGAUGAAAAUACCACACUGUAAGUUAUUUUACAUUCUAUAAACAGAAUUUAAAUACUUUGUCAGACUGGAAUCGUAUAUACUUGGAAAUCCACUCUGUUCUUAAACCUUUUCCUUUGGAAUUUGUGCUGAAUAAGUUAUAACCUUAAGUAUAUUUUGGAUUUUGUACCCUCUGCUCCUUUUUCUUAAGGGGGAGCAAAUGGGAAAAGGAGUAUGAUAGUUAAAUGGAACUUUAUCCUUGAACAUAACAUUGAAUUAUUUGUAGAAGAGGCUGGUAAGAAUGGAGUGUCCUAGGUCAAGCAAUUGCAGUGUUGCAUGCAAAAUUUCAAAAUGAACUUGUCUUAAUUAUAUUUUGUAAAUGGAUAAACAAUCAUCUUUCUACGCAGUGACGGAAGAAAAUUAGUGCUCUGUGCAUUUUGAUAUUUGACUUCCUCUUUUCACCAUUGUUAACUGUUUUGACAUAGUUGGGUUCAUCAUUAUCAUGGUUCAUAGACAUCAGAAUGCUAAAUGAUACAGUAUUUUUAAGUUUGUGUUGCAAGAAUGAAUGGAAUAAAAUUGAAUUGUGCGAUAUGAGAA